AUGAAAUCUCAAUUCGAAGUAUACCUUAGAUUAAAACCUUCAAGCAAGUAAAAGUUAUGAUUAAAAGAAGCUAAUCUUAAAAUGCCAUGCAAUACUAAAUUUAUCAAAAUAAGAAAUUACAAGUAUUAUUACCAAAACAUGUUAAAUUUGGAUUGGUUAACAACAGUAGAGAUAAUUUAGAUUUUAAUUUUACUCAUGUUUUUGAUUAGAAAUCAAGUUAAGAACAUGUAUUUACCAAUGUCACAACUCCUGUAAUAAAUAGGUAUUAAACUAUUUAUUCAAAUUUAGUUUUUUAGAUGGUUAUAAUGCCACUAUAUUUGCAUAUGGAUAAACAGGAUCAGGUAAAACUUAUACAAUGAGUGGAGCUGAAACAUGGUAAUUAAGAGGCGUUAUACCAAGAGCUCUUUCUUACAUAUUUGAUGAAAUUGAUAAGAGAACAAAAUUUGAAUAUAAAAUCUAUAUUUCCUUUAUGGAAAUAUAUAAUGAAAAUGCAUAUGAUUUAUUAGAAAAAAGACAUUUGGAAACUCCAUUGGAAUAAUGGAAUAAAGUAUCGAUUUAUUUAAUUUAUAGAUAGCAUUAUUUGAAGAUGAUUAAAAUAAUAUUCAUUUAAAAAAUUUGUCUAUUCAUUAAUGUAAUAAUGAAUAGGAAGGAAUUGAUUUACUUAUGAUGGGAAAUUUUAUAAGAUAAGUUAGCUCCACUCCUAUGAAUUAAUCAAGUUCUAGAUCUCAUUGUAUUUUUACAGUAACUCUUGAAGGAUGUGAUACCACAAGUGAGACUUGUUUUGUUAGCAAAUUACAUUUAGUUGAUUUAGCAGGGUCAGAAAGAAUAAGUAAAUCUUAAGUAGAAGGUAAUUUAUUGAAUGAAGCUAAAUAUAUCAAUUUAUCUUUAACUUACUUAGAAUAAGUUAUUAUAGCUUUAAAUGAAAGAAUGAAAGGAGCUAAUAGAUAACAUAUACCAUAUAGAAAUUCUUUGAUGACUACAUUAUUAAAAGAUUCAUUAGGAGGUAAUUGUAAAACUGUUAUGAUUGCUACAAUAAGUUCUGAAAAUGAUAACAUUGAAGAAUCAUUGUCGACUUUAAGAUUUAGUUAAAGAGUUGGACAAUUAGAAAAUGAGGUUAUAAUUUAUAAAUAUAAAUUAGAUAAGGAGAAAUGAAAAAGUAGAUUUGGAAGCAGUAGUAAAAAGAUUAGAAUAAGAGAAAUUAGUUUUGAUUAGAGAAUUAGAAUAAUAUUAAAGAGGAGGAACAUCAACUUCAAGUAAUAAAAAAAUAUAAUAAUAAUAAUAAUAAUAACAAAAUUUAUUACCUUAAUCAAGUGGAGUAACAAUUAGUUAAAAAGAAGUGUAGGAGAAAGUAGAACUAUAUUUAAAUGAAAGAAUUCCUUCAUUAGAUGUAAAAAGUAUAGAAGAAACAUAAAGAUGCUUUGAAGCAAUGAAAGAUUUAUAUAAUACAAGAAUGAAAGAAUAUGUUACAGAACUUACAUUUAUUUCUGAAAAAUUAUAAAAAUAUGAUGAAAUUUUGACAAGAAAGUAUUAAAAAUGAUUAAUGAAUUAGAAAAGAAUAGAGUUCUUUCCUAGAAUAAAAAGAGAAUAGUUCACCUGAAAUAGAAGUUUAUAGAAGAAAUGAGUCUCCAUAAAUAACAUUUAAAAAAAGACCAAAUUAGUGA